GACAGAUUGACUCGACCUUUCCUCAUCCAACGCUACAAGGGCUGACGAUUUCUUGCACUUUGAACCCUGUCUGACUGUCCGGAACAGUCAGUUUCAUUGUGUAAACCCGUGCAAUGAGCCUGUACUGACCCUUACCAUUGCUCCUCGUCGCCAUGCUUCCGCAGCUGCACCGUGGCCUUCUACGCCCCUUGUUGUCGACCUACCUGUCCCUCUUCUACCUCCUUAUCGCAUCAGGAACCGCCUACGAAUCCGUCUCGGACAAGACCCUCCAAUCGCUCCCGCGACCUGGCGACGACUUCAACAUCCACAAUGGCGCUCUCCUCGCCCCGAUCCUGGUUCCCCGCGUCUCCGGGACCGCAGGCUCAACCGCCGUCCUGAACCACCUCGCGGAUUUCUUCCGCACCUCACUCCCCGAGUGGACCCUCCAAUUCCAGAACUCGACCUCGAAGACGCCCGUGUCCAAGGGCAAGGAAGUCCCGUUCGUCAACCUCAUCGCCUCCCGCGACCCGCCCGGAGCCCCCGCGGGCGAUGUCGGCCGCCUCACGCUGGUCGCGCACUACGACAGUAAAUACGAGCCGGAGGGCUUCAUCGGGGCGAUCGACAGCGCCGCGCCGUGCGCGAUCAUGCUGCACGCGGUGCGGAGCAUCGACGCGGCGCUGACGAAGAAGUGGGAGGACAUGCGCGUCAAGGGCGAGCUGAAUCUGCUGGAGGAACAACAGGGCAUACAGGUGAUCUUCAUGGACGGGGAGGAGUCGUUCAAGGAGUGGACGGCGACGGAUUCGCUGUACGGGGCGCGCGCCCUGGCAGAGCAGUGGGACGCCGAGGUUCACCCGGCUAUGUCUGUGUACCGGUCGCCGCUGGACUCGAUCUCGCUGUUCGUGCUGCUGGAUCUGCUGGGCGCCAAGGACCCGACGAUCCAGUCGUUCUUUCCGACCACGCACUGGGCGUACAAGAAGCUGGCCCGGCUGGAGCGCCGGCUGCGAGAGCUGAAGCAGUUCCGCUCCUCCGAUCCCGGGCGCUCGUGGUUCCCGCACCUGUCGAAGAGCGAGCAUGAGAUACCCAUGUACAUGCGCAUCGAAGACGAUCAUAUCCCCUUCAUGAGACGCGGCGUCGAGAUUCUCCAUAUCAUCGAUGCAGGUAAUUUCGGAUUCCCCAAGGUCUGGCAUAAGAUGGAGGACAACGGCGAACAUCUGGAUGUAGACACCGUGGAGGACUGGAGCGUGCUGUUGACCGCGUUCGCGGCCGAAUGGAUGGAACUCGAGGGCUUCAUGUCCAGUGGGAGUGACAGCGCUUCUCAGAACAACAAGCGCUCUACGGAUAGCUGGGCCAAGACGGAAUUCCUCUGACUCUACUCCACCAUGUUAAUCAGCAACUGUUAUGAUACAAUAUUCCGGAA